AACCAUUCAGCAGCAGUCAAGCCAAAGACUGCUUUUAUGCAACGCAACUCUCUGACUAGACCGACAGUCCACGUGCACGCCUGCUGAAACAGGACGGCGAGUGGUAUAUCUGUUGGGCCUGUCCUGCUUGCUUUCCCCUCAUCAUAUAGUGAUUUAUUUGACUUCGGCCUCAAAAACUCCCGGUCAUAAUGGACAGGCAGGUGAGCCUCAGCAGGACGGAAACGUUUUCUUUCAUCAAUCCCUGGAUUAGGUACUUCCUGUUCUUCUUCAGCUUUUUAUUCUGGAUAUUUUCUCUUCUCAUUGUUGCCAUUGGGGUAUAUGCCAAAGUCCAAAAAGCAACAGAUGCGGUGCGUGACACGUUCUUCAUCGAUCCAGCCGUUAUUCUUAUCGUGGUGGGUGUGGUCAUGUUCUUCAUCACUUUCUGUGGAUGCAUCGGAGCUCUGCGAGAAAACAUACAGCUCCUUAAAAUUUUCUCCUUCAGUCUCACCCUGGUCUUUCUCUGCCAAAUGGCCAUUGCAAUCCUGGGCUUCUUCUACUCUGAUCAGACAAGUGAUGCUCUGGGGAAAUUCAUGAAAAAAGCCAUUGUGCAUUAUCGAGAUGACCUGGACCUGCAGAACCUAAUGGAUUACAUCCAACAGCAGUUCAAAUGCUGCGGCUGGAACAACUACACGGACUGGUCGUGGAACCUGUACUUCAACUGCAGCCAGUCAAACCCCAGUACAGAGAGAUGUGCAGUUCCCUUCUCAUGCUGCACUUCUUUACCAGGAGAGACUGUGAUCAACACCAUGUGUGGAUUUGGGGUUCAGUCCCAAAAGUCUCUGAACGCCACUAGAUCGAUCUAUCCGGUGGGCUGUUCGGACAGAGCGGUGGUGUGGAUCGAAUCUCACCUGUUGUUCGUGGGCGCGAUGGCAAUGGGACUCGCGCUACCACAGAUCGCAGGCAUCGUGCUGUCUCAGAUCCUCAUCACUGAGAUCCGGAAAGACAUCCGAUCAGUGAUUUGAUCGCAAGACUCGCACAUCCACACCGGAGUGAUGCUUUUAUAUCUGCUCCGUUCACAUUUUCCUUCAGUUUAAUUUCACUCUGCCUUGGAGCGAUUUCAGUUUACAUUUUGUUCUGUAUUAUUUAAUAAAUGUUUGUUAGUAAAGCUUGCAGGGUUGUUUAUUUCUUCGUUUCAAAUUCAGAAUGUCUGGAGGAUUUUGAAUGCACGCAUCCUCAAAUAAA